GUCAAAAGCUGAAGAGGCAAUCACAACACAAUCCUACCGGUAGUCCCGACAAUCAAACUCCUGCCUUCGUUGACRAACAUUGUUGCUACCUGCUACCAUCUGCCUAAUUGUAUAAAACAUGGAGUGGUCCCAGAGCAGCGCUUUUGUGAUGUCCCAGAGAGAUGGUUAUCCGGUAUAUCAUAAAUCUAGUUGUCCAUGACAUUGUGCAGGUUUCAGUACUGAUGAAGACAUUGUCUCCCAGGCAGCUUGCCUUCACUAUCUGUCACCAUGCCUUACUGGCAGCUGUGGUCCCUGGUACAGUUCAAGCAUGGGGUGAAGCGCGUCAAUUCGUGGAAGGGGCAUGGACAAGGCCAGUCGCAAUGUGGGUCGGUUUUGGCAUCACUUUCUUUGCAUGGGCCAUUAAUCUGGUUCGUCCACUCACAMMCCCAGCUUACCGUKGCUGGGAUGGCAAAUUGAGCUCAGCCUGGGAUUUUGAACUGGUGAGAUACUUUGUUGGGUGGCUGGCGUACAAUGCUAUUGACACUGCGUCUGUUUUUACAAUCAAUUCUCUCUGGUUGGGGUCCUCGCAGCCUCCUCUUCGGCUGGGCAUUCUUGCUGCAUGGGCUUUUGCAUUUUCGGCACUCAUUGGCAAAUCCCCGGGAUGGAGUUACCAAGAUACACAAAUCGCCGASCGGUAUUGGCUCACAUUGUUCAACCAGGUGGUGUSUUUUUACUUUGCAGCAGUCGUCAACUACUCGGGAAGGGACCUUGCAGUCAUGUGUUACCUUGGCAUCUCUUYGACAUUGCUUUACUGUGUCCGUAUUAUAAGUUUGUAUGAUCUGCGUGAGGAGAAUGUGAGGAGACUCAUCGGAGACUUGAACUGGUUUGAGCACUGGUCGGGAUACCAAGGUGAAUGCCAGGGAGUCCAUGAGUUUGUGAGCAGGAUUCAGGAGCCACCCCAAGUUGAGUGGCAUCAGGUGGAAGCCCUCUCUGUGGUUAUUCGUAGCCUUUGUAAGAAGCAUGGUGAUAUUACUUUCCGUGGCUGGGGGUAUCACAAGUGGAGGAUGGACAACUUCAACGUCUGCACUUUGGAAGUGCUGGAAAAGGAAGCAAUGUGGUUAAGAUAUGUGCUGGCAUGGUGGCAUUCACGUAGGGGGAGUAUGUACAUGCCCAGCUGGAAAAAAGUGAAAGUCUGCCUUGCCUGGUCUCUUGUCAGUUGGCCGGGACUGAUCGCUUGUGGACUACUGGCAGACGCUGUGGACACCAUACUUGUCGCUGCAUUUCUGGUCUUCUGGCAAACUCUUCUACUGCAUCUGAUUGUGCAAAUCUGGUGGCAGGAGAACAACCUGGCAGACCUCAGCCCAGAGAGAAGUCCUGCAAAUGCAGAGAGACCUGGCACCCUUGACGUGUUUGGAGGAGUGCCGAAGAUGGUGCUUCAGUACCACUUGCGAGUUGCAGCCAACUUGACCGCACUUCUGCAGAGUGCUCUACGUACACAUAGCCUGGAUUGUGUCCCUUCAUUUGACUACGGCAUACCCUACUUUCGAAAGUCUGUGAUGGUGAGCCGACAGACGAACAAGAUCAAGGCAGUCGUGCGGUUGCUUUAUGGAAGUGGUGAUGCAAUCAGCAGCCAGAAGGAUGGUGCCAGGUGUCUCAUUGGCAUGUGGUCUAUGGAGGAUCCCCCCUACAAACCUGGAUUUGUAGAAGAUAGAGCCACUAAGCUCGCUACUACAGCUGCAACACGUGAACGUAGGUGUUGUAGUCAUGGUUGUCUCCAAUCACAGUCCUUCCAGCCACUUGUGCAGCUAGCGGUGGCUGUCUGGACACGCGUGAAGAUUUUAAAUGAGCCUGAAUACAACCGAGCUUCUUGGAUCGCUGAAAACAAAGUUGUUGUCGAUCACAUGGAGGGACAUCCAUUUCACAGUGGCUCCGCUGUCGACUGGGACCAAAGAGCAGAGGCACYRUGGUCAAGAURCGGCUGUCCCGAGGUUGGUGAAACUCUGCAUUCCUUGGUGUGCGACAUUGCCAAUAUGUUGCAAAGGUUGUCACUGAUUGAGGAUGAAGAGGAGGSGGAGAGGGAGGAAUGGAUGAUUGUCAUGGCCUUGCUCAUGGAUCAGGUGUGGCUAAUGCCAAAGCCAUUAAUUAUUGGUUCGGAGAGGGUUUGGAAGGCCGUAGUGGACACCUAUGCCCCUACACAGGACCAAUGGCAUAGACUGCCUGGGGAUCCAGAUCUCAUAUUUGACGGUAUUGCAGAAUCAUACAUGAUUCACAGUGGUGGGGCCACAUUAGGCUUUGCUGAACAGGUGGCACAUAUGGAUAUCCAACUGAAUGCGGAUGACGCCAGCAGGUCAUUGGCUAGAGUGGCAUCUUGGCUGAGGAAACAUACCAGACACAUGGAAGUGGCUGGAUUGAUAUGGGAGAAAAGGCCCUUCAUCAAGUUGCAGUAGCCUUCAAGUUGCUCAUUGUACAUGCUAGGGAGGUGACCGUUGUGACCAUAGCCUAGAUAGCCUGGAUAUAAGAGUUAUUCUGCACGUCCUAAGACACUGUUCCAAUUCCACAGACUCACAGAGCUUUCUAGCCACUUCACCCUUCCUCAGCCGUCUGAUAUAGCACGGUUGAAGUCACCAGCGAUCUGAGGUCUAGCAGGUCGCUCCCUAUAAGUAACAAAUUAGUUCUCUUUCU